UGACUCUGAGCACAGUCACUGCCAACAGCGCGCUUUGUACGUUCUCUUUUUCAAACUCGAAGUGGACCAAACUUUUCCUUCAAAUAACAUUGUCACAAGGCUGAUUCCAACAUCUCAUGCAGGAGGCUGAAGAGCAAGAUACCUGUCGUAUUUGUAGCGCUCCAGCAGAACCAGAUCAACCACUCUUCCACCCUUGCAAAUGCUCCGGGACAAUCCGAUAUAUUCAUCAAGACUGCUUGACAACAUGGCUCGCCCAUAGUAAGAAGAAGACCUGCGAUACAUGCAGGCACCAAUUUCUUUUCAAAAAAGUUUACGCUCCGGAUAUGCCCUCAACUCUUCCGCCCUUGCUAAUGAUGCGGCGGCUCAUACAACAGGGAUUUUAUGCGUUACUCAUGGUCGUACGAGCUAUUGUAGUCUCUUUGGUCUGGCUUUCCCUUGUACCACUUUUGACUGUUUGGUCAUGGAGAGCGUAUUUUAGAAUGGGAGAAUCCAUCGCCUGGUGGAUCAGCAACCGACAACCGCUUCCUGGACAGGAAGAUUUGAGACCGACAAACAAAUUUCUCGUUCGUGAAAUCAUUGAACUUACACAUUCUUUUCUCGACGACCCCACACCUCCUCCAUCUGACAUCUCCACUCUGAUCAAUCGAAUCGUCAGUCAUCCACGAUGGCUCUCUAUUUCCGCCGACAUUUUCACCGGACAAAUCAUCGCGGCACUGAUUGUCAUUACCUUCGUUGCAAUCUUCCUUCUUAGAGAAUGGAUUGCUCAAAAUGCACGACCUGGCCAAUUCGAUGACGAGGACGGACAAGAUAUCCUACAAGUUCCACCUGCUCCAGAACCAAAUCCUCAACCUGCCCCACGACGCCCAGUGGCUCGGCGUCCAGCAGUUCCACGAAUGGACGUCAAUGCUCGACUUGCUUUAGCACAUCGUCAAAUUGAAGCUGUCAGGGCGCUGGAUGCUCUUCGAGCACAAAGACAGAGGAUAUUGACCGAAGAGGAGAAGAGGGCAAGGGAAAUCCGAGCCCAGCGGAAUGGCCGUUCCGCCGUAGAAUUUGCACCUACUCGAAGCGAUGAACUUGAGCACGAAUUGGAUAAGGUUGCGACCAAGAGGGCUAGGAAGCGCAGAAUGGAAAAGGGCAAGGGGAAAGAAGAAGAAGACGAUGUCAUCGAGAAGGCUCUCGCUCGAAUUAUCCGGCUAGAGAGGAUGGAGAGGCGAAAAUUCAACCAGAGACUGCAACUGGCCAGGCAGAAUGGGAGUAGCCGAAGGCGGGCCCUAGAUCAGGGUCUGGCACUUCCAAAUGCCGAAACCUCUUCAGAACGUACAACGACAACUACUACCGCCCCCCCUUCCUCGUUUUUCCCAACCGUUGCACUCGAGCGCCCGAAUGGAAGUAUCCCAUUUUCAUUUGUGUAUCCCCCGAAAUCCGAUCCGGACUCUACAUCUGGGGAAUCGUCUUCGUUUCCUUCUCAUGGAUCGAACUUUGAUAGUCAGUCGUCAAGCCCCUCGUCCGCACCCUCUAUAUCUCCUUCAACAUCCCCAGUCCCCAAUUUCGCUUCCACCGCUUACGUCGGGCCUCCGCCAUUGAUUCCUACCGUCAUACCAUCUUCAAAUACCAGUAUAUCCAGACCUGGAACGCCCAUACGUCGUCCACCGCUUCCAACCACCCUUCCCAGUUCUCCUGGGUCUGGAACCUCUUCGCCGAGUGUAAAAACACCUCUUGCUUCUCCCAAUUUGGCUACUUAUCGGGCACCAGAAGAAUUGGUCAACUCCGACAACGAAGAUUAUUUUGCAGGUCCUUCUACCAGUGCUUUAGCGCCGGUUAGCGAACAAGCGGUCGAAGCCGACGAUGAAGAUGAUGACACAGAAACACUUGACGGACAUGAAGUCGAUGAGGGCGAAGACAGUACAUCGCCGUUAAUCCCGGAUCACGGUGAGAUGGACGAGGAAAUAAGGACGUAUUUCCGAGAGGAAGCAACAGAUGGUUCAGAUGAAGGCGAGAGUGAUACUGAGCCAGAACUUGUAAUAGAUUUACCUGAGCCGGAGGCUCGGAACGCUGAACAGCAUGAGGAACCUCAUGUUGUGGACCUCCAGGAUGGCAAUGAAGUUGCAGGUGCGGAUGAGGAUGAGGAAGAUGACGAGGAGGAAGACGAGGAAGAAGACGAAGAAGGCGAAGAUGAGAUUGCCGAAGAAUUCCAGGUCAGACCACAACUUCGAGAAGGAGCUGCUGUUGCAUUCAAUGCCGGUGUCAGAAGGGUGAUCCAGCUUGACGCCAACGCUCCUCCCCCGUUAGCGUUGGCUCCCAUUCCAGGUUUUCCAGCUCGACCACAACCUCAGCAAGGUCCUCUAGUACUGAACGCAGAUGAUGCAUUGUUGGAUGAGUUAGAGGCUGGAGUUGAUGAUGAUAUGGAUGGAGCAAUGGAAGCUAUUGGGCUAAGAGGUCCAAUAUAUGGUCUGGCACAAAAUGCUGCUCUGAUGAUUUUCAUCAUGGAUUCUGUUAUUGGCUUGGCAAUGUGGAUACCCUAUACGCUUGGCAAAUCAACGGCCUUCCUCAUGUUAGAACCCCAGCGAAUGCUCUUCAUUCUACACCUUCCCAUUCGUGCCAUUCGUCUGGUGACCGAUCCCGCCGUGGAUCUGGUGGCAUAUAUUAUCAUCGAUGUCCUACUGCCGCCUCACAUACAAUUGCUGCAAACUUCGGGAGCUUGGGUUGUCCAACUAUUUUUCUGGGUUAUUUCUGAAUAUCUCGGAGAAGUGAAAACGAAGAAGAUGCGAGAAUCUUUCAUGGUUAUCUAUUCUUUCCUGGAAAGUUGCUUCGAGUCAGUGAUUCAUGCCUUGAAUCUUGCAGAGGAUUCUACAGAAGAGAUCGUCCAUUCGACGCCCAAGAUUGGCGUCAUCCCGUCUUUCUUAGCACGAACUUUUCCUGACUUCAUGGACUAUAUUGAACCGUACUUUGCAACUCUAGGAAGAGAGAUUCGUCAAGGUCACGAACAGUUUCGUGGAGUAUGGACUCAGCUUGCAAUCGGGAACGGACCAGCCGAGAGGAUCUUUUCGGUUGUCUUUGGUUAUUGUAUCAUUGCAUCGGCACUAGCGGUGUACAUGAAUAUCCUGACUAUUGGCAACGUCAAAACUGCUGGACGAGCAGUUCGAACUGCAGUCAAACAACAGCUGCUUGUAUUGAAGGUCGCGUCGUUCAUCUUCAUUGAACUCGUCACAUUUCCUCUCGGUUGUGGUGUUGUUUUGGAUAUCUGCACGCUUUGGUUUUUCCCUGGUGCUUCCUACGUUUCAAGGAUGGAGUUUUCCUACCAAGCCCCACUUACCGCAAUAUUUUAUCACUGGGUCGCAGGAACGAUGUUCAUGUACUCAUUUGCUGUGUUGCUAUCUGGGUGUCGAAGUAUAAUGCGUCCAGGGGGGAUGUGGUUCAUCAAAGACCCACAGGAUCAGAAUGCGCAUCCCAUACGCGAUAUCCUCGAACGAGCUGCGCUAGUCCAACUUCGGAAAAUAUGCAUCAGUGGCAUCAUGUACACCUUUGUCGUCGUAUGCACCGUUUUCAGCGUUGCGGCGUUGCUCUUUCUUGGCCAAAAAAUACUCCUUCCCAUUCGAUGGAAAACGAGAGAGCCUUUAUCCAAUAUCCCUAUCGAUUUGCUGUUCCUCAAUAUCGCAUUACCAUAUACUAUGACUUAUUUCCGUCCUCGAAGAGCUCUUAGGAAAUUCACAAUGGUAGUGUGGAAAGGACUAGCCAGACGACUGCGGCUAACUUCGUACUUCUUCGGGUUACGUCUGGCGGAGGAGGAAUACACUCCGAAAAAAUUCUCACUUUCCCGCAUCAUAUAUGGCCCAAGCAAAGACGCUUCUAUCCUGGUUGAGGAUUACGACGGGUCUUUCAGGCGGGUUCCCAAUACGGAUGAUCUCGCUAUCCCGCGGGACAUUCCUGCUACUGUAGCGGUUACAGCUACCGGCGAACCUGUCAAUGAAGAGGCAAUGAUCCUCAUGACCCAACAGGAUAUGGAAACGGUUCAAGCCAAGCAUAGCAUCAGACAAGACUUCACUGUGGUCUAUAUCCCGCCAUAUUUCCGCUACCGAAUGAUACUUUUUGUUUUGAUAUUAUGGACGUUCGGAGCUCUUUGCCUUGGCAUAUCUGUGGCUCUCCCUAUACUCAUAGGUCGAGGAUUCUUUGGCAUGGUCUUCAAAGGAAAACGAGAAGUACAUGACGGAUAUUCUAUCAUUGCCGGGUUCUACAUGCUUUGGGCAUGUUGGGUUGUUGGCAGAGCUGUUGAUCGCCUCGACAAGAGAAGACAGAGAUGGGGUAAUGAGGGUCCCCGAGCUUCUUUGUGGUGGCUUGCCGUAAAACGUGGAUUGUUGUGGAUUGUCAAAGCUUCAUACAUGGCUGUUUUCUUGGGUAUCGUGAUCCCAACCCUCGUCGGUGGCGUUGUCGACCUGUAUAUUGUACUGCCCUUCAAACUUCGUCUCAGUCCAGAUAUCGUCGUGCCGAGGAUACGAGUCUUGGAAUGUUGGGCGACCGGUAUUCUUUAUAUGAAGAUAGCGAUGAGAGUGACUCGUAGACAAGCGCAGAAUCCCAUAGCAAGGGGUAUCCAAAUUAUUAAGCGUAAUGGUUGGACCCACCCAGAUCCUAUCGCUGCAACGAAAGACGUCAUUGCACCUGUUGCCGGCGGUCUAACUGGCAUGAUUGUCUUACCAGGUCUUGUGUUCUACGUUGUGGACUACUUCUUUCCCCUUGUGGGUCAUCAUGUCAACAAUCAGUUCCUCUUUACAUACGUUUACUCAAGCCUGUUUUGUUUGGCGGGUUUGACGCAUACUUUCAUCAUUCUUCGUGAGAUGCUAGCAUCGUGGUCGCAGGCGGUCAGAGACAAGGAAUUUUUGGUGGAAAUGAGAUUGAAAAAUCUUGAUACCACAUCGGAGCAGCAGCAGAGUCGGACACUAACUCCGAUAUCAACGGUCGACCCGGAGCCUAACCCUGCACAAGUGGAAGAUCUGGAGCAACCACCUGCAAUUGUAGCUGGUGACAGAGCAGCUGUGGACCUUUGAGAUAGAGCAGUGUAAAGUACAACGAAAAAUGUAUGUUAGUUAUCUAUCAAAUGAUCUAUCAUCUUGAGUAUCUAUGUUC